AUCUUUCAUCUCAGCAGGCACACCGCACCGCAAACCACAAACACACCAGGCCUUAAAAGGAAAAUAUUAAGAGACUUCAAACAUGGGACUCACGGUCACAGACGGCGAACUCGACCUGAGCAUGUCUCAACUCGAAGAAAUUCCCACGAAGGAAAUUAUCGCAGUCAAGAACAAAGUGCGCAAGUUGGAUCUUUCCAACAACCAACUGCAAGUCCUGCCAAUGGAGUUUGCCCCCAACUUGACCCUGCUCGUGGAACUCGACCUGAGUAAAAAUCAGCUCUCGAUGAUCCCUGACAAUUUUGGUCUUCUGGUGAAUCUGCAGCUUCUGGACCUGUACAGCAAUAAUAUCGAGAGACUUCCACUCAGCUUCAAGGAUUUGAAAAAGCUUCGUUGGCUAGACUUGAAGGAUAACCCAUUGACGCCUCAACUUGCUAAAAUUGCUGGAUCGUGCGUCGACAAAGAUGAAUGCAGGAAGUGUGCCAGAGACAUUGUGCUCAUUAUGCAGGAAAUUUACAAAAAUCUAGGAGAUGUUAAAGGCGUCGCCAAGUCUACUAAAUCUGAAGAACCACCAUCAUCUGUAGCGUCUAAAGACAAGAAGAAGAAAAAGAAGGCCGUCAAAAGUGCGGACUCAAACAAAAACAAGAAAGAAUCUCCCCAACCUUCAAAAACUCCUCUCAAGGAACUUGAGCCUGAAGACAAGGCUGAAGAAAAUUUACCUGCCUUCCAAAAGCAUGGUGCAUCAAUUUCUAAACGACAUGGUCUUUGCUACACAUUCCUGAGAGGAUUCCUGUGGUCCAUUGUUCUUGUGGCAAUUUUCAUAAGCAGCCUCAUCCUGUCAAAGCAUCCUCAGGUCCAGCCUUACGCACACACACUGAACCAGAAAAUUGAACUUGCUAAAAUCGAGCUAGGCAAUUACUACGAGGUUUAUGGAGAAAGGCUCUGGGUGCAUUUAGGUGGGCUGAAGGAAACCUGGGCUUCGAGCAUGACCAAACUGAAUGGCUUUGUCGACGGGACGUUGAUGGUUUUCCUGAUCGACUUCAAGGAGAGGAUGUUGGAUGGCUUGGCAAGCAUGAGAGUUCAAGUGAACGAAUAUUUAACAAAAAAAGACUGACAACAGCCACAAGAUGGUUGAAUUUUUGAUUGCUUAUAUGUGCUAAUUAAUGCAUUCCCAAAACUUGUAAUUUUUUUAUUUGCAUUCCCGCCAUUAUGUUAUGCGAUGCAACCUUUGAAUAAAUCGAAAAAAAUAAUUGUGUAGAAAACAAA